AUGCCGAAAACGAGAAAGUCUACCAAGCAGGAGGCAGAAGAUGAUGCCAAGGCAGCAUUAGUUCACCAGCGUCGCCAAAUUCAGGCAAAGGUGACAACGAUAAGUCGCACACUUGAAGAAGCUGAGGAUACUCCAAGUAAAAUUUGUGCAUCGCUCUUGAAAGUGUUCUCGAAAAAGCUCGAACUACAUUAUAACGAGUUCAUUUCAAUUCACCAAGCAAUAGUUGCUUCCACACCCCCCAAUGAGAUUGAACUGGAAGAUGAUGCUUUGGAUAUUUUCGACGCUCUCAAUACCAACUCGCUUACCUUGCUUGAACUGCUCACCGACACCAUUUCCCCUUCCGAUGCUAGAGGUGUAAAUCAAUCCGUGAUCAUCCAGCAGCAAUCACUGCGAGCUCCAGUUCCCACAUUCGACGGGAAGGUAGAAAAUUGGCCGAAAUUUCGGAUGAUGUUUGAGGAUAUUGUCGGACGGAGCGCCGAUUCCGAUGCAGUUAAGCUGCAUCAUCUCGAUAAGGCGCUAACGGGUGAUGCCUCCGGUUGGAUUACGGCAGAAAUGAUCGUUGACAACAACUUCAAACAAACCUGGCAACAGCUCAGUGACCAGUACGAAAACCCACGAGUAAUCGUCGAUACGCAUAUCGAAGGUUUGCUCGAGAUGAAACCGAUGACCACCCGCAACCAUAAAGAUUUACUCGAGCUAAUGAAGAUAUUCAUCCGUCAUGUUGGCGGUCUCGAGUACCAGGGACUAGAAGUUGAUGAACUAUCUGGUCUCAUCCUCACGAAGAUCCUCACUUCACGAUUGGACGAUCAAACACUCCAGUUAUGGGAGAGGACACAGCAGCAUGCCAAGCUGCCCCAGUACCAAGAAACUGUGGCCUUUCUUCGAAGCGAAUGCCAGGUGUUGGAAAGGUUCCAAAACCGGCACCAGAUGACGGCAAAAGAGCCAUUGCCAAGGCAACAACAGGGUUCGAAACCAACUAACCAGAAAGCCCACGCUGCAACGACUGUAACCUCCAGCAGUUCCUGCCAGUUAUGUACAGGCUACCAUCGCCAUUUCGAAUGCCCGAAGUUCCAUCAAAUGUCACCGGCUCAACGGAAUGAAAAAGUGAAGGAGUUGAGAAUCUGUUUCAACUGCCUUCGCCCUGGUCAUCGAGCCAUUGAUUGUUCAUCCAAAAAGACGUGCUCUCGCUGCCAGAGAAGACACCACACUCUGUUGCAUGAAGAAGCUGAUUCGAAUGCAGUGGAGGUGGCACCAACCAUCCAAAAUGAAGAACUAGCUUGCCAAACCUCUUCCAAGAACCAUUUGGAGUCUCAACGAGUCACCGAAACUGUUGCGUCGUGUAACCAUUCUAAAGCUGCCAAAACAGUGAUGCUCAUGACCGCUGUGGUGCGAAUCAAGGAUUCUCGUGGAUGGACAACUCCCUGCCGUGUUCUGUUGGAUAACGGCUCGCAAGUCAACUUCCUAUCCAAGGCAAUGGCUGACCGCUUGGCCACCGAAAGACGGCCUGCACAUGUACCCAUCGCUGGAAUAGGUGGGUCCAAAACCUACGCCAAGGAGAAGAUGAUGGUGGAAGUGGAGUCCAGGCAUUCCGAUUUCUGUACUACUAUCGAAUGCCUCGUAGUUCCUGAGAUAACGGGAGCGAUUCCAGCAAUGAAAAUCAACGUUUCGGCGUGGCCAAUCGACACCGAUCUACUUAUGGCAGACCCCAACUUCCACACUCCUUCCGAUAUCGAUAUGCUAAUCGGUAUCUCCCAUUUUUUGCAAUUGCUAAAGACGGGCCGUAUUCAACUGAGUGAUAAGUUACCUGAACUACAAGAAACCCAUUUAGGAUGGGUAGUUGCAGGAGACAUCGACGACGUGUCAACCCCCCAGCAGUGUCUAGCUGCCCUGACGGAUCCUAUUUCUGAAGUCCUUCGCCAAUUCUGGGAGCUGGAAGAGAUCUCUGAGUCAGUAACACAACCCAGCGAGCAAGAUGAGUGCGAAAAAGUAUUCCAGUCUACCCAUAGUCGUGAUGAGACUGGCAGAUAUGAGGUGAGUUUGCCAUUCCGCGAAUCGGUGCACGAGCUAGGAGACAACCGAAACUUGGCCAUGCAUCGGUUCCUUUCGUUAGAGCGAAGAUUCAAGAAAAAUCCGGAGCUAAAGAAACAGUAUUGUCGAUUCAUCGAUGAGUAUGAAGCAUUGGGGCAUUGUCAAGAGGUGAACGAAGCCGAUGAUACUCCCAAUCAACGAGUGUAUUAUCUCCCGCAUCAAGCCAUCCUACGUCCAUCGAGCUCGACAACUAAAAUUCGAGUUGUUUUCGACGCCUCUGCCAAGGCAUCCCGGUCCGAGAAGUCAUUGAACGACGUUCUUCUAGUUGGAGCAACACUGCAAAGCGACAUCUUCAGUAUCCUGUUACGUUUUUCGGAAGUAUAG